UACACCCUACGCCCCCAGAAUGGCUCGCAUGACCACAUCCCUCCAUUAAUUAAUGAGCCCAACAUAUAUAGAAUAAAAUCACUUGUCUCAUAAGGACAAAUUGGAAAAGGCAUCAAAGUGGUGCAUAUAAACUAAAUGUUUCUGCACUGAGGGAUUUGUUUGCGGUGAGAAACACUUUUAGCAGUGCAGCGCGCAAACUAACCUUUUAAAUCUGUGUUCAAUAGCUUGACGUUUUCAUCAGUGGGCCCCAUGCACUAGCCCUGUGAUUGGUUGGAGUCGCAGACAGUCUACGGCUACUUCCUGGAUGAGAUCAUGGCUGCGACUGAACGACUAAAUAAUACAUUUUAAAACAGCUUUUGAGUCAAGCAAGCUGUAACAACGGGUGAUGCUGUGCUACAUUUAAACAGUUUUAUUUUUUCUCGAUACAUUUAACUGUCGAACAUAAAAGCGUCUCGUGUAGAUCGUUGCUUGUCUACAUGUAGCCAGCCUACUGUUGGAUCUCAAAGUUGCUGUUGUUGAAUAGCUGCUACAAUGUAACAAGAAGUCAACAUCUCCCAGCGUCCUCCCCUUACACGUCAAAGUGAGGUGAUACCUUGGAGCAUGAUGUCAGUCUAAUUUUUUUGACAAACAACCCGAAAGUUAGUGUAGUCCAAGUUGUGACUCCACUUGUGGGUUCUCUGAAUUAUAUCGAUUCGUCAUCAAAUUUCACUGUCUUUCAGAUAGUGUUGAAUUGAUAGAACGCAAUGGAUAAUGGACGACAAAGCCGUGUUUCACGGCCUCAACAGAUAAUUGAGUCAUCCAAGGUGUACCGUUGGGCUGAGCAAGCUGACUUCCUCCUGCAGGGUCUGAAUGAGCAGCGUCAGCACGGCCAGCUGUGUGACAUGGUGCUGGUGGCUGAUGAGCAGCGUAUCCCAGCCCACCGCGCCCUGCUGGCUGUUUCCAGCCCUUACUUCCAGGCCAUGUUCACCCUGGGCAUGAGGGAGGAGCGUCAGGCAGAGGUGGAGCUGGUGGGGGCUUCCUACAUCGGCCUUAAGGCUGUGGUGGACUUCCUCUACAGUGGGGAGCUGCCUCUGGAUGGAGGGAACAUUGACUAUGUUCUGGAGACAGCCCACCUGCUGCAGGUGUGGAGGGCAGUGGACUUCUGCUGCCAGUACCUAGAGAAGGAGGUGAGUGAGGAGAACUAUCUAUACCUGCAGGAGCUGGCUCUGCUCUACAGCCUGGAGAGACUAGACACCUACAUUGACCACUUCAUCCUGGAACGCUUUGCGACCCUCUCCUUCACACCAGGCUUCCUGAGGGAUGUCCGGCUGCCCAAGCUCAGCUCCUACCUGGCCAGCGGGCAGGUCCAGCAUGAGAAUGAGCAGGCUCUGCUCCAGGCUGCUCUCCAGUGGCUGAGCCACAUGCCUGACCGCCCUGCACACGCUCGCCAGCUGCUCUCCCACAUACGCUUCCCCCUAAUGCCAGCCAGUGAUCUGGUGGGGCGCGUCCUCCCGGCUGUACAGGCCCUGCUGCCCCCGGAGGCUGACUGUGAGGUGCUGGUGGAGGAGGCUCUGAACUACCACAACAGGGCCAGCGCCCAGCCCGGGCUGCAGACAGGCAACACCAUGCUGCGAGGAGGGGAGGAGCGCCUCCUACUGGUGGGUGGGGAAGUGUCAGAGCGCGGGGAGGAGCUGACUGCAGAUGUUAGCUGGCUGAAUGGAGACUCUGGUGAAUGGAUGGUAGAGACCCAGAUCCCGGCACAGAGGAGCCACCACUGUGUCGCUGUACUGGGGGGGUUCAUCUUCACAGCUGGAGGCAGCUCAUCACGAGAUAAUGGAGGUGAUGCUGCCAGCAACCUUCUGUACCGCUACAACCCCCGCGACAACCAGUGGAUCAAGAGUGCCCCAAUGAAUCAGCGGCGUGUGGAUUUCUACCUGGGAGCUGUUGGGGAGUGUCUGAUCGCUGUGGGAGGGCGUAAUGAUAAUGGGGCUCUGUCGUCAGUGGAGGUGUACAGCCCUGCAGACGACUGCUGGACAUACGUAGCAGGACUGCCCAGGUUCACCUAUGGCCAUGCAGGCACAUCUGAUAAAGGAGUGGUCUAUAUCUCAGGUGGCCAUGACUACCAGAUUGGGCCGUACCGGCGAGACGUGUUGAGCUACGACCCCCGAGGAGGAGACAUCUGGGUGGAGCGCCAGGCCAUGUCAUCGGCACGGGGGUGGCACUGCAUGACGUCACUUCACCACCUCAUCUAUGCAGUCGGUGGCAGUGAUGACCACGAGGAGAGCAUUGAUCGUUUUGACAUCCUGGCAGUGGAGGCAUUUGACCCCCAGAGUGAACAGUGGACCCGUAUAGCCCCCCUCCUCCAGCCUAACAGUGAGGCGGGCUGUGGGGUCUGGGGGGGUAAGAUCUAUGUGCUGGGAGGCUACAGCUGGGAGAGCAUGGUGUUCUCACAGGCCACACAGGUGUUUGACCCUGACAAGGGCCAGUGGGUGCGGGGACCAGACCUGCCAAAACGCAUCGCAGGGGCUUCAGCCUGUGUGUGCUCAGUGAGACCCCAGCCCUGCAGCCCAGACAGGAAGAGGGCAGGACACAAGGGGAAAGGCAGGCAUCACCCCACCCAACCCAACUAAAGAGGAUACAGAGGACUGCAGGGGAUUUGCUUAGUAUUACAAUUAAAGCAUAAUCAAUGUGUUCUAA